AAUACAGCGUUAGUUCGAAAAAAAUCGUGAACGUGUUUGGACACGUUGUGGAGCGCACCGUUACUUCCUAUAGCAGACAGCUCAGCAGAUUCGCGCGUGCAAAUUCUCACCCUUCUCUUCUUUCUCCUCUCCCACCCACCACCGCCAUCGGUUGCUGUUCUAGCUGUAGUUGUUGUUGUUGUGCGGGCAACUUGCUUUUGGGGGCGGGGCACGCGGGUCAUCGCAAAUAGCAAAAUCGUCAAUCGUCAAUCGUCAUCGGCGAAACGUGUGUGCAGAAUUAAUGAAAUGCCCGCGCCGCUUCAUCAAUGAAAACAAAAAAGCGAGAAGACUAUUCGCAAAAUAGUAUCUCAAAGAUUUCUAGCUGUGCUUUCGGUUAACGUUGUGUUUGGGCCAACAAUUUUGUUCUGACAACAGUGCGUGCUAACGAACCAGCCCCGAAUUGCCAAAAUUAUCGCGAUAACAAACUUCUCGCCACAUAAGCCGAAACACCUGCCGCAUAAAUAAGGAUUAUACCGGCAGAACGUCAGUGGGGCAGAGAGUGAUUGGAUACACAUGUGUUAGCGGGCGGCCCUCCAUCAACAAUAUGUUUGACAACAAGUUCCGGCAUUGAAAUUGAAUUUAAUAAAAUAAAUUAAGCCACCAGGCAGCCGGAGUGGGUCAAAAGCACACAGUUUGAAUUGUUAAUGAGCGGCGGCAAAAAGUGUUAAAUGCUGAUGACGCUGCCUCUGCCGACGUCGCAGUCGCAGUCGCUGAUUCAACGGUGCUGAAAAGUCAAUUAAAGGCGAAUGCCGGAGUCUGGACUAGAAAGCCAUUGGCGAACUUGGCCAGAACGUAGUUAACGUAGAAAAGGAGAGCGGCUCAAACGAAGCGACGACGAGUGCAAAAAGCCAAAAGACAGUGAGCGUGUAAUGAGCAGACGACGGGCAAUUACCAUGUCGUUGGCUCCCCAUCUUGGCCAGGCUUUUAGCCUCAGCCUCUGCCUGUGCAUGUGCCUGUGCCUGGUUUUGGCCACAUUACCAGUGGCCCUGGGACUGGCCAACUGCCCCAAUGGCUGCGAGUGCGACGACGACACCCUGAUGGUCAACUGCGGCGAGGGCACGCUGGACGUCCUGCCCAUCGCACUGAAUCCCGCCAUCCAGCGACUGGUGAUCAAGAACAACAAACUGAAGACCAUCGACUCAUCCAUGCAGUUCUACGCGCAGCUCACUUUCCUGGAUCUGUCAUUCAACGACAUGCUCAACAUACCGGAACGAUCGUUUACGUUUCACGCCAAAUUGCAGGAGCUGCACCUGGACCACAAUAAGAUUGGCCAGGUGUCGAACAAGACCUUCCUGGGACUCUCCACCAUCAGUGUUUUGAAUCUGAGAGGCAACCUGAUUGCCGAGCUGGAGUACCGCACUUUUUCGCCCAUGACCAAGCUCGCCGAGCUUAAUCUCGGCCAGAAUCGCAUCAGUCACAUCGAUCCACACGCCUUGGAUGGCUUGGACAACCUGAGGGUGCUCUAUCUGGAUGAUAAUACACUGACCACAGUGCCGGGAGCACUAACCUUCCAGGCACUCCACUCCCUGGCAGAACUAUACUUGGGCACCAACUCCUUUAUGACGAUUCCCGGUGAAGCUUUCCAGGAUCUCAACGGACUGACCCGACUGGAUCUGCGCGGAGCUGGCUUGCACAACAUCUCGGGAGAUGCUCUCAAGGGUCUGGAGUCCCUUCGCUACUUGGAUCUGUCAGAUAAUCGCCUUCCUGCGAUACCCACAGCAGCGCUCCAGCGAUUGGGACGCCUGGAACAGCUAAACAUUGGUCAGAAUGACUUUGAGGUCAUCUCCUCGGGCGCCUUUUCGGGUCUCCGGGAGCUGAGGCACUUGGAGCUGACGGGUGCCCAGCGACUGAGACGCGUGGAGAGCGGUGCCUUCAGUGGAAACAGCAACCUGGAGUACCUAAACCUUUCCAGUAACAAGCAGUUGAACGAAUUAUCCUCCAUCGCCUUGGGUGGCCUGCCCCAUCUGAGCACAGUGGUGCUGAAGGCCAAUCAAUUGAGCAGCCUGGAUGAGGGUCUGGUGCCCUGGGCUGAUCUGCAAACCCUUGAUCUCUCGGAGAAUCCAUUCGAAUGUGACUGCCGACUUCUGUGGCUGCGCCAUUUGCUGGUCAGCAGGAAUGCCAGUGGCCAGUAUGCGCCCGUCAUCUGUGCCUAUCCAACGGCUCUGCGGGAUUUGCCACUGGCCCAUUUGGCGGAGCCACUUCUAGGCUGUGCCCAUGGAGCCGCCAGUAAGCAGGCGAUCAUCGGAAUGCUGGUGGUGGGCUGUGCCGCUUUGAUAACCACCUUGGCCCUGGUUCUCUACACCUGUCGUCGCAGGAUUCGGGAGAUGCUGAAGGGACAUUCGGCGUUGGGGCGAAAGGAGCGCGAGUACCAGAAGACCUUCUCCGAUGAGGAGUACAUGUCGAGGCCACCACCCGGCGGCGGUGGAGUUCAUCCGGCAGCUGGAGGCUAUCCCUAUUUCGCCGGCAGCAGUCGGCCGAUACCGGUCACCGAGCUAUAGCUAGAAGCACCACCCCCGCCUCAGCUGCGUGGUCGGGGUGGUGGCGCCAGCACCGCCAGCGGCGCCGUACAGCAGCUCCAAGUGCCCAGUGCCGUGGACCAAGCCUCCAACUCCUUUGCCCAGCUCAGCCACAUUCACUACAUGACUAACAAUGGCCAGCAGCAACUGCCGCAGCCACAAUCGACCUCGAAGAUGCACCACUCGCAGCAGGAUAUGCGCUUGUUGGCCUGCAACGGUGGGAAGCCACUGAAUGCUACCUCGCUGCCGCGCCACCGACCACCGGUGGUGCAGGAGAGCACCCUGUCGCACUAUAUCCAGCCGCUUGCCAACGGGAUUCGUCUCACCCAGGACCACUUUAACCACAACCAGAACCAGAGCCAAGGCCACAACCAGCACUACGGAGGAGUCUAUGCCAAGCCGUGCGAUGCGAUGUCCGAGCCGGGAUACAUCCACAACAAUUCGCAUUACUCGCUGCCAUUGGAUCACGACUUGCCACCCAGCCCCACGCCCACACCACCGCCCCCCGCCCUGCCGCUGAGGAAUGGGGUGGGCAUGGCCUUGAUCCAUGGCAACACCACCGGGCGCCGAUCCUUCAACAACAACAACAACAACGUGUCCACCCUGUCCAACAACAACCACCAUGGCAUUGGCGGCGGAGUGGGCGUGGCAGUCGGCGGUGCUGGGGGCAACAACAACGGCAGUCUCAGGCGGUACCACUGAUAUCCGGCCAAGACGUGCGGCACUCUGGGCCGCACCAUCAUCAAAACCAGGCCGGAUCCGGAUAUCGAGCUGCAUUACUUCUACAAGGGUUAAAGAGGAAACUGGAAGCGCAAGGGAAUCGAUCUAAUUUAAUCGGGUUUGCUUCGGUUCUCACUUUUGGAGAGAGUUUUCAGCAGUAAGUUAAUAAAGUUAAAAAAAAGGGAUGCAAAUGAACUUAUUCGCUUUCAUUUACUUUAUUCAAAAGUGAAAAUCGUAGCCAACCUGCAUAUUCAUACUCUAGUUGUAUAUUCCUAUGUUACGUGUAUUCAAGCGAAAGCAUUUUGUAUAAAUUAGGAUUUAGUUCGAAAGGUUGUCGACCAGGAAAAGCGCAGGAAAAUCGCAGGUGUAUAUAAGAAAAUCUUGCGCACAAUUUGGCGGACAGUGUGGAUUGGGCAAAGAAAAACUUUAAUACAGUUGACCAACCUGCUGAUCGGCCAUUUCAUUUGCAUACAGUGAUCUUAAUAUUUAAGUUAUGCUUAAAAGCAUUUCAAUUAUUGUAAAUAAUUAAAAGCUUCGUAAAAAUACAUAAUAACAAAAUUAAUUCAAUUUCUAUACAACAAACAGAUAAGUAAGCAAUUAAUUUACUUUAUUAAAUAACAAAUAAGCUACGCGCUUAAGCACCAGUCAUUAUAACUAUGUAUGUAUUUAGCCUAAAGCUAUCACAAAAUAUUCCAAAAAAAAAAACCAUGCAAGAGCCUAAAAAUAAAAUGGAAGAAAAUAUGCAAAAACUAAAAAGAAUACCGCAGAUUUUUAUAGUUAAUAGACUCAGAAAAGAAUAAACUACUCAUCGGAAUAAUAAACAAAGAUAAUGUAAAAUGAAAAUAGCAAAACUAUUGAAAACUCCGAAAUAUUCAUGUAGAUUCCACGCCGCAUUCACAAAUAUGAAUAAGCAAUUAUGCAACAUACAAAAAUAGAAAGUAAAUCUAUAUAUACGAAUUAUGCGUGUAAAUAAAAAGUAACUGUGCUGGAAAAAAACAUACAUUUUACAUUGUUUUAAUUUCGAAUUUAUCAUUUAUUUCAGCAUUUGAGUUCAUUUUCUCAUUUGACUGCAACAAGUCGGCCACAAUUUUGAUCAAUUGUACAUAUUUAACAACUUAAUGGAACAAAUUGCAAAACCAAUACAAGGGAGUUAAAAGUAACCUACGAAUAAACAAAAAUCUAAGAUUACCAUAUAUAAUUGAAAACUUAUUCAAACGCAAAUCUCAUAUUCAUAUUUCAUAACGAAGCAGAUCUUUCAUCUAGUUAUACGACAACGCAACUAUAAAUAAAUUAAAUCAAUUUGAACUACAAUUUAAGCAAAUUACAAGGGACAAGCAUAGUUAAACAAGCGAAAGCACAAAAUCGUAAAUAAAUAUAUGAACCAGAUAUAGGGUGUAGCCGAAAGCAAGAAAUAUUUGUGGAUCAGCGUCUAAUCGUAUCACUAAAACAAGAAGUCAAAAAACAAGUCAUGCAAGGAAUUCUCUUAAUGUAAUGGAUAAUCGCAAACGCGAGAAAAUUGAAAAUUCAACAGUGUUCAAGAACUAGAGAUAAAAUCAAAUAAAGAACAAAUUUAACAAUAAA